AUGGAGAAUCAAGCGGAUAAGAAGAAGAUUACCUGGGUAAUUAAAAAUUUCGCCUCUUUGCCAUCCAAGAUAAUAUACUCUGAUGAAUUCGUGGUUAGUGGCUGCAGAUGGCGUCUUGAGGCCCUUCCAAAGGGAAGAAAUGAUAAUGAAGAUGACUAUGACGCUAAUCAUUUCUCUCUGCAUCUCGCUGCUGCUGAUUCUCAAAUUUUGCCUCCUGGAUGGAGAAGACUCACUAAAUUUUCACUUACAGUGGUAAAUCAGUUUUCGGACAAACUGUCCCAAGUCAAAGGAUUGGAAAAAUGUUUUAAUCCGUGUGGUCCUUACUGGGGGUUUCAUAAUAUGAUUAGCCUUUCCAAACUUCAUGCCGGAGAUGGAUUUAUGGUGAAUGGAGAAGUCAUUGUUGCUGUCGAAAUUGAUGUUCUUGAAGUUGAAGGUAAAUUAGAUGUGCCUGAAGAAUCUUCACCAGUAAUGGAAACCGUAGAUGUGAAUGGGUUUCAAGUUCUUCCUUCACAGGUAGAAUCUGUGAAGCGUUUGUUUGAAAGACACGUGGAUAUUGCAACAAACUUUCGUUCAAAGAAUCCGAUUCUGAAGACGUCGUACAUGAAUGUCCUCCUGAGCUUAACCCAGACGCUGUGUCAAAUCUCUAAGGAUGAUCUUGCUGAUAAAUAUGCUGUUCUUGCAUACUUGAAAGAUGCAGGGUUUGAGUUGGGUUGGUUGGAGAAGAAGCUUGAUGAGAUAAAGGAGAAGAAGGAGAAAGAAGAAGCUUGUGUGGCACGGCUUCAAGAAAUGGGGGAACAACUUAAGCCAUUGAAGCGGAAGUACGCAGACAUGGAAGCUCAAAUAGACAAGGUGAAGGCUGAGUUGUCGGCAGCUAGAGUUCCUGAUGUCUCCUUGUACGAUGACAAUGUUGUUGUCUGA